UCAGUUUUUUUUUGGUGCUGAAUCAGUUCCUGUGAAUCAGUGAAUGAAAGCUGAUGACUUUUAAAGAGAGAUGGCAGAAGCAAGCUCUGUUAGCAUAACGUUGAUUAGCGACACGGUCGCACAUGCUAUGAUGAUAUGGGCAGUUCUCCUGUCAAGACUAGACCGAUUUAUGUAUUUAGUUUUCUAAAUUCAUAACUGUUUGUUUACCUAGCUAGCAAGCUUUCUUUACAGUUAAGUUUCAGUUUACCGCAAAGUUCUUAAGCAACCCUGAGGUACAUGUUUCUCUUUCAGUGUGGCUAAACAGUUUCUUAUUUCAGUUUCUUAUUUCUUUAUUUUCCGUUGCAAUUGUGACUUUAUGCAAAUGCCUUCGUUAAUUUGUAGUGAGCUCCUUUAUUGGCUUAGCAUUGAAGUCAUGUCAAAGCCGUCUGGUUAGAACUCUCUAUUGGCUGCCAAAGUGUCAUUUAACACCUUUACAACAGCACACAAAUGUGUGUGGACCGCCGCUGUACGUCUCUUUGUGGAAGUUUAUUCAGUCAUUGGCGGCAUGCCAUUCAUUCAAUGAAGUGGACAAGCAGGUUAGCACCUCCUCUUGCCCGCCUCUCUGUUGACUUUCAGUUUCUGUGUGCGUGUGGAUCAAGUUUUGCUCUCUGAGAAGUCAACGUCUCCUCUGAAUUUCUCCUGUUGUAUUUCAUAUAUCUAGAAUAUGUAAAAAAUCAGUCCUCCAGCAACAAUGAGAGCUAUCAGGAGAGGUUGGCGAGACUAGAAGGUGACAAAGAGUCUUUGGUUCUCCAGGUGAGCGUCCUUACUGACCAGGUUGAAGCUCAAGGAGAAAAGAUCAGGGAUCUAGAAAGCUCCUUGGAGGAACACCACCAUAAACUCAAUUCUACUGAGGAAAUGCUCCAGCAGGAGCUCCGCAGUCGAACUUCUCUGGAGACGCAGAAACUAGAAUUGAUGGAUGAAGUUUCCGGUCUGAAACUCAAGUUGGUCGGUAUGGAGGACACACACAACAACACCGAUGAAGAGGAAAGACAUCAUAAGGCUGAGAGUGUUGUAAACCUAAUAAGUGAACUGCAGGAGCAGAUGUGUAAAUUCCAGGAGGAAAUCAGCACUCGCAUUCAGAAACAGCAGGCCCUCGAGAGCCAGGGGGACGCCGCGGCACGCGAGGCUUAUGACCAGAGCCCCGAUGUGGGCCUCGGUGCCUCGGACGCAGAGGAAUGCGGCUGUCGCUGCAGAGGCGGAGGAGAGAAUGCUUUGCUGCAGGAGCUCCACCUUCUAAAGACCAAAGUUGAUGAACUUGAAGGAGAGAAAUCGCAAUAUGAGAGGAAACUCAAAGCCACAAAGGCAGAGAUGGGCAAACUCCAGCAGCUGCUCGCCGCCAAAGAUGCCGAAAUCGAGCGUUUGCAGAACCAGCUCCUGUCCAGGGGAACCGUCAGCAGUGACAUCACAGAGAGAGAUCAAGAAUUACAGAGGCUGAGAUCGGGAAUGGAGACGUUGAUAGUUACCAAUAAUGAAAAGGAUCGCCAUAUAGAGGAACUCAAUGCUAUGUUAGGCCAGUACCGAAAAAUGAAAGAUGGUUUUUCUGCUGUGGCUAAUGAUCCGUUACUGAGCGGCAGUAGUGAAGAAGACAUCAGUGGCGGUCGGAAAAUCAGAGCCUUGACUCAUAAAGCGUACUCGGAUAUUAUCAGAUCAGAACUGCAGAUGUCUUCACGAGGACCCUCGCCGCUUCUGGUCUCUCCUCCGGGUCUGCAGAGAGAGCUGGACUCCAGCUGUCGCUAUACACAGCCCUCCAUGGGGACUUCUAUGGUAUCCAUUGGUGUUUUGGAUGUGUACAACAGACAAUGGUCGAUUUCACGAAUGCUGUCCACCAGCCUGGAAGAGCUUCAAAGCGGGAGAUCACAGACUCAUGUGGUGGGACAACCUAUAGAAGCUGCUUUAGAGAAUCGAUAUCAUACAGACAACAGCAAGUACCAGACCCUCCCAGGACAUUUUGGUCGUCCGGAGCAGAACGGCAUGAGACUGCAGGCGUCUUCCCCGCUGCAGCAGUCUCCCGAUGAGAGCGAAGGCAGCGAGUUUAACUUAAGAAAGUCUGAGAAGGCGGAUGACUCAACGCUGUCUGACCUUUCGCCCGUAUCGUCUGGGGUCGAUUCGGGCCAGCAGUCGCCUGUUUCACCAGAAAACAAGAAGAACCAGAAAGGAUUCAGAAAACUUUGGGGAAAGAUCAGAAGAACCCAGUCAGGCAGUCUCCCUGCAGAUUCGGAUUCAGAGUUUAAGAGAGGAGGCUUCAGGGCCACGGCCGGUCCUCGACUCACCUGCCUCGGCAUCGGUGCCUCUCCACGUGAGAUGAACGCUCCCUUCUCAAAGUGGUCAUGUGAUCAGGUCUGCGCUUGGAUGGAGGAGUUUGGGCUGGGUCAGUACGCACAUAUGGCCAGACAGUGGGUCACUAGCGGCCAGUCACUGCUUUCUGCUUCACCACAGGACAUUGAGAAGGAGCUGGGAAUAAAACACCCGCUGCAUAGGAAGAAACUUCAGCUGGCUCUGCGCUCCCUCAACACAAAGAUCACAGAGAAAUCAUCUGAACUUCAUCAUGUUUGGGUCACACGUUGGCUGGAUGAUAUUGGUCUACCGCAGUACAAAGACCAGUUUAGUGAAGCACGUGUGGACGGGAGAAUGCUGCAGUACUUUACAGUGAAUGAUCUACUGUUCCUUAAAGUCACCAGCCAACUGCAUCACCUCAGCAUCAAGUGUGCCAUUCACGUCCUGCAUGUGAACAAGUUUAACCCCAACUGCCUGAAGAGAAGACCUGGAGAUGAGAACAUGACAUCGCCUUCUGAGGUGGUUCAGUGGUCCAAUCAUCGCGUGAUGGAGUGGCUGAGAUCGGUUGAUCUGGCAGAAUACGCCCCCAACCUAAGAGGCAGUGGAGUGCAUGGAGGACUGAUAAUUCUGGAACCACGUUUUAACUCGGAAACCCUCGCCAUGCUCCUGAAUAUUCCCACGCAGAAGACUCUUCUGAGGAGGCACCUGGCCACCAAGUUCAACACACUGGUGGGUUCUCAGUCUCAGCAGGAGAAACGAGAAUACAUGGAAUCACCAGGAUACACACCGCUGACCACCACAGGAAAAGUCCGGCCUCGUAAAAUGGGUUUCUCUACUUUCGGGCAUCGUAAGAAACGCGGCGAAGACUGCACAGACUACAUUUGCCCUCUGGACGCAUCCCAAGCCCAGGCUCUGCUCAACGGGACCAGCCGGCCCUACAGCGGCUUCAGGGGUCUGAGCCCAAUCUUUGACAGAGACCCAGAGAGAAGGGAGCAGGUGGGACCCCCACAGAACUGAUGCUGUAAUAGCCAUCACCUCUGAGCUUGCAGCCAAUAACCCUCCACCCAUAUCCCACAAAUCCACGCCUACUUCAACACACCCUGCUUUCCUUCAAUGCCAUUAUUUAACACCCCAGCAUCCCUCAUUGAUCUAUCUGGACGCUUCAGAAAGUCACUCGAUGGAUCCAAGGAUUCAAUAUUGUAUUUUGACAUCAUCUCACCAUUGCAACAUGGUGUUAUAAGAGGGUUAGCCCAAAACAGUGCCACUUUACCUGUGAUGGACAAUGAAAAAUCUUCUAUUAUUUUUGUGAAUUGUUUAAAAACGUUUUAUUCUGGGGGUUUAUCAAACAAGUAUUCCAUUUUUAUAACCUUCACCUACUUUGUGCUGUUUUGAAAGACAGUAUGUACAAUGAUAUUUAUGCAAUAUUUGCAUAUUUUAGGGAUUUAUUUAAUGGUAUAUUUAUGUUGGUGAAUUUUAAAAACACACGCAAAAUACUUCACGUCGGAAAACUGCACAUUUUGACAAAUGUGACUUACCUGGUUAUUUUCAUACAAUAAGAUGUACAAUGAUAUUUUUAUAGGUAGAAAUCUUGACUCUUCUGUUAAUGAAGAGCUCUUGUCUGUUCAUUGUAAUGAUAUAUUUCAAAACUAAUGUGACAUACAGAUGAUCAAUAAACCUCAUCAACCACU